CGGAAGUCCAUUUGAAAGGGUUGCGCGUCGGCUGCUGAAGUCUGAUCAGAAAGCGGCAGAUGGCGGUUAGACACCCGGUGAGGUCAUGAGCCUGCCUCGCAAACGCAGGGCCGGCACGUUGAGGCCUGGUUCCAUCCGAACCAAGAGCCUGAGAACAUCGGGGGGUGAGGGUGGAACCGUUCUGCCGCCAGAUGAGUGCGGAACCAUUUUGCCUGCAGAUGCUCUGCCACAAACCCCUCCACACAGAGCGCACAGCUCUCCAGCAGCCAAAGAGGGGGAGCCGGAGGGUCAGCUGUGGAGGCGUUCCCCGAGGCUGCAGGGCCUCAGUCCAGCAGCAUCCAUUCCUGAAGGUCUAACACAGAUUGACUGUGACCAUGCUGAGGGUCCAGCUGAAGGAGAGGCAGAGGGACAGGAGGCUGAGCAGGACUUGUUCAUCACUCUGGCUGAAGGACACAGUAGAGGUCGUCGGAGUGGCAGGAGGAAGGGAGGUGGGAGGAGGAGGAGAGCCCCUGACCCCACCCCCCAGGAGGAGGAGCCACCGGUGCAGGAGGAAGAGGAGCAGGAGGAGGUGCAACCGGAGCUGCCAAUCGACCGCGAGCUGGACCGCGAGCUGGAGAACAAAUCUCGUCAGCACAGACUCACUUCCGCCAAUGUCCGCAGCAUCAUCCAUGAAGUGAUCACGAACGAACAUGUGGUUGCCAUGAUGAAAGCUGCCAUCAAUGAGACAGAGCCUGUACCUGUGUUUGAGCCGAAGAUGACUCGCUCCAAGCUGAAGGAGGUGGUAGAGAAAGGAGUGGUCAUUCCUACAUGGAACAUCUCACCAAUCAAAAAACCCAGGGGAGCAAAGGCUCCCCAGUUUGUGGACAUUCCCCUGGAGGAGGAAGACUCGUCAGAUGAGGAGUACUGUCCUGACGAUGAUGAUGAAGAUGAAACUGCUGAAGAGACACUACUGGAGAGUGACCUGGAGAGUACUGCCUCAUCUCCGCGUGGCAGCAGAAGUGUCCACAGAGUUCAUGAUGAAGACAGAAACAAUGGCUCUCACCAGUUGUCUCGGAGGUUGGGGCACGUGAGGGUGGAGGUGGUGCCCAUGGGCCCCCCUCCUCCGCCUCAGCCGGCCCCGGGCCCAGGCCCCCCCGCACCCCCCAGCCGGGAGAGCAGCUUCAUGGAGAAGCUCCACGCCGUGGACGAGGAGCUGGCCUUCAGCUCACACUGCAUAGAGCCCUACCAGACGCUGGGUGGUGGCGGGGCGGAGGGUGUGAUGGCGUUCCGCACGCGCUCCAAGCGGCCCCUGAGGAACGUGCCCUUGGAGGAGCUGGAGGCGGAGCUCCGAGCGCCGGACUUCACCCCUGACCUCUACGACAUGGGCUCCGCCCACGAGGACCGCGAGUGGACGCACUGGCUGCAGGGACUCAUGAGCUCCUUGAACAACGAGGAGGAAGUGGACGAUGACGAUGACCCGGAGUAUAACUUCCUGGCCGACACCGACGAGCCCGAUGUGGAGGACUACAGGAACGACCGCGCCGUACGCAUCACCAAAAAGGAGGUGAAUGAGCUGAUGGAGGAGCUGUUUGAAACGUUCCAGGAGGACGUGGCUGUGCCGGAGGAAGAGGAGGUGCAUGAGGAGGUGGAGGAAGAGGAGGAGAAGGAGGAGGACACCGCUCCUGCAGCGCCCCCUACUGUCAGCAUCCUGCACACUGUCCAAUAUGAGAACCCUCUGGCUGAUGUUCUGAAUGAGAGUUAUCGUACGGUGAGAGAGCAACUGGCCGCUCUGCGUCGUCGGCGCGCCCUGCUGGAGAGUCGCGGUAUUGCAUGGCCCCCUCCCAGCAGCGAGCCCCCUCCACCCCCACUGGUGCUCACACACACACAGAAACUGCACCUGCAGCAGCAGGUGCAACAGCAUGUCCAGCUCCUGACUCAGGUGAUCAUGCUGUGCAGCCCUGUGGACAGGCUAAAGACUGAGACCUCCACCGCCAGGCAGUUUCUGUCGGAGCUGGAGGGGUUUGCCCAGCGAGGAGAGCAGGUGCGGCGUGUUCAGGAUCCGAUGUUCAGCAGCGUCUUCAGAGCAGCCAACCUCCAGGGGGCGCUAUUACUGCUGGAGGAGCUCAGCCAGGCCAGCCAGGCCAGCCUGCCCUCUACUCACACAGUGCCAAUCAAACCCACAAGUGGGCGGAGAUUCCCCAUGAUCCCACCCCACCUGGCGUGGCUGAUGGCCACUCGCUCCGCCUUCAUGCACAUAGAACUCCUCCCACACGUCAGCCUUGACCCCACCCAUCAUGCAUCCAGCACCAGCAAGAUCAAGAGCUUCACCCAGGGGGAGGACUGCCUGAUCGUUCUUGGCCACAAGCACUUCAGCGGGACGGCCCGGCCUCUCAAGAUGGCCGCCCACUACCUGCUCGCUGCUAAGACCGUCACCGAGAUCAACAAACACGUUUACGACGUCAGCCACCGCCUGCCCAACCACAUCGUCACGUCUUAUUUCCAGCAGAAGAAAGUUCCCAGCAUGCCACAGCCCUGCCGCCGAGUGGAACCAUCAGACCGGCGCCCUCCGGUGGAGAAAGAUGAGAACACCAUGCCACUCUGGCUCUGGAAAAGCUUGCAGGCCAUCUACAAGGCCGUGCAGCACCACGCUGGCCACCAGGGGGCGCUCUCUGGGGAGUCGGCCCCAAGAAGCAGCCCUGCGGAAGGGGAAGUCCCGUCCAGUGAGCCCAGCUGCCCCAAAACCCUCCUCCCCCCGCCGCCCCCGCGGCCGUACAGCUUCCCCCCCGGCACGCGCUACCCCCCCAUCCUGCCCGAGAGGCUGGUGAUGCAGCCGAGCGGGUUUAAGUGGGUGCCCUCGUCUCCGAGGCCCAGGGCCCCCCACGCCAAGCCCCGACGCCCACAGCGCCGCCAGCGCCUCUUCACCGCCACCUGGAGGCAGGAGGGGAAACUGCAGCCCAUUCAGCCGGCUCCCUCUCCAGGCCCGACGCCCCCAACCCCCAGGGCGCUCGCCGGGAGAGGGGGAUCGGUGUGUGUGCGGGGCCGUGGCGGACCAGUGUAUGUGAGGGGUCGAGGCGGAUCGGUGUGUGUGACUGGUCAAGGACGGGCGCUGGUAGGUAGCAUCACCCCUACACUGGGGCUCGGCGGGUUGAUCUUAAACCUGCCCGUCUCAGCGCCUUUAGUCUGUCCCGCCCCUCCGGCCAUGCCUCCUGCACGGAGAUUGGCUCCCCUGGCUCCCAAAGCCACCCCAUUGGGCAAGAGCGCCGUCAGUCAGCACUGCAACACCCUGAUGGGACUGCACAAGCUGCCGGCGUUCCCGACGCCCCACGGCCUUACCCAAGUGCCUCAGCUGGUGCUGGUGCCGUCCGGCCUGCUGCUGCCCAACCCCGCACCGUUGCCCCUGGCAACCACUGGCAAAGCCCAGGCCAGAACGCUCAGGAGGAGCAACAACCAAUCACAGAGGGGGAUGCGGGGGGAGCAACCAAUCACAGAGGAGAUGCAAGGAGCUGUGAGAAUGGAGCCACAGACAAUAGGAGGUGCAGGAGGAGGUGGAGGAGGGCUGGCGGAGAAGGGAACUGUUGUGACUGAGGAAGAGGAGGGGAUGGAAGACGAGGGGCAGAGAGAGGAGGAAGAGGAAGGGGAGGAGGAGGAGGGGUAUGGGUCCGGUGAAGGAGAUGAAGGCCCCUUCCUGAUGCUCUCGGAAUCCUCGGGAAGUCCCACCCCCAGCCUCAGAAGCUGCACUGAUGCCAUGGUUACAGAGAUUGACAGGGAGGACAGCCACUCUGGUGGCGAGAGGAUGACAUCACACAGGAACUCUGAGGUCACUGAGGGACGGACCGAAGAGGAGACAGGAAACAGACAGACACAGAAGGAAGGCGACAACGACGACAGCGAGGCCGAGAGAGAUGAGGUGAUGAAUGUUCUAGAAACGAUGUCCUCGGCAUCUGAAGAGUCCGUGUUAUCUGUGCCAGAGUUGCAGGAGACCAUAGAGAGACUGUCAUGGCUUGCCUGGAAGGGAAGGUGUGAUGCAGAGAAGAGAUCAGGAGAGGAGAAGAGUCUGAAGAAAACCAGCGCUACAUCAGUUCUUGACUCAGAUGGGGAGAGAGCGCCCUCUUCUGGUGACAAGUGGACUGCAGCGCGGGAGGUUGGUGUUGAGGAGGCACCUGUGCCCUUGUCUGAGGAUGCCGGCCUCGAUGACGACCCGCGCAAGGAGACUAAAGAAGUGGCGUUUGCCCAGGCCUACCUGGAGAAGGUGCGCGAGGCUCUCCAGGUGGUUCCUGGGAAGGUGGAGGAGUUCCUGGGGGUGCUGAACACGUUUGAGCGGGAGCCCGAGGGCCGGACGCCCGUGGAGCUCUACCAGCGACUGCGACCACUACUCCAGCACUGGCCCGAGCUGCUGCAGGACUUUGCCGCCUUCCUGCAGCCGGAGCAGGCUCACCAGUGCGGUCUGUUGGUGGAGCAGCAAGCGUUCGAGCGCAGUCGGCGAUUCCUCCGGCAGCUGGAGUUGAGUUUUGGAGAAGGCUCCACCCUUUAUCGUAAGGUGGUGAAGCUUCUGAGAGGAGGCACUAGCCAUGGUGGCAUUGCAGAGGUCAAAGCUCAAAUAUCCAGUCUGUUGGGAAGCCACAGCCACUUGCUGGAAGAAUUCUGGGUAUUUUUCCACCAGCUUUACCCACAGGCCUCGGAGUCUGCUCAGUCAGAGGAAAUGAAGCGCCCAAACACCGAUGCUGGACGCCAGGACAACCAGCCAAUCACGUCUCACAUCCAUGCACAAGAGGAGGACUGUGGUAAUAGUCUGCCCCGCAGUUUGGGACGGAGGAGGCAGCUGGUGUUCCCAGACGCACUGGACACGGGCAACACCAGAGAGAGGCUCCCAGCUCAGCAGAGUCCGCUUCAGGAUUUGGAGAACGCUGCUGUGGACCCAGAGAUUGUGUGCGCCAAGAACAUCUCCCUCAUGCCCAGCGGGGAGAGAGUGGUCCUCUGGACACGGGAGGCGGACCGUGCCAUCCUGACUGCCUGUCAGCAGAAGGGGGCCAAUCAGAGGACGUUUUGUGCUGUCUCCGCCCAGUUGGGCAACAAGACGGCCAAUGAGGUGUGUUCGCGAUUCCAUGACCUGAUGAGACUGUUCCACACAUCGUCGAGAGAGCGUUCAAGUGAGAGCGACAGUGACACGGAUGCCUCCUCCAGCUCUAAAGACGACCCAGACUGAACAGAACCAAAUUAGCAGCUGUCGAACCCGACCGGCACCAAUCUAGUGGUCCAGCUCUGGGUCCAGGGGGGUAUUCCAAGUGUGUGAUUUAGUGACAAACUUGGGUAAGGUAACUCAGAGUAAGUGGUAAACCUCCUACAACAAGAGCCCAGUGGCAUUGUUUUGUUAGGAGAAAGAAGCCAUACAGUACAGCUCUUCUAUUAGGAGGUUUACCACUUACUCAGGGUUGUCAAUAAAUCACGUUCUUGGAGUACGCUGCAGCUCUGGGUCCAGAUGAAGAGGCUUGAACACGUCCGUGGUCUGUGGAUCUCUCUCUGACUCUCAGCCAAUCAUCUGACGUCGCUCUGUGUGACUGGCCAAUCAGAACCAGACUCUGAGAUCAAUAUGAGCGCUGCUUUCAAUGAAGGGCACAGAACUGAAAACUUGAAAUAGUUAUUUAUUUACUUAUAUUUAUUUAUUUAUGCUGUCUUGUUUAUAAUGUCAGGUGCCUCAUCCCCUGUUCUGGUUAAGAUUGUUUGGGAACAAAGCAGCAUAUUCACAUGAUGUUAUAGUCAUGCUGUGGCAGCCAGCCGGCUGUACAUACAUGUACGUGUGUUAUUCAAUAUUGUACAGUGUACAGUAUGCUUUUAAAAAGUAUUACCAUUGUUUGUAUUGUCAGAGAAAUGUUGUUGACUUGCCUGAUUAAAAAUG